GUGCUAUGCGGCCAAUGUCUCCAACCAAUGUCCAGAUCACUUCUAAUAACAUCCAGGUCAUGGUGGAGAGCCACAAAGAGAAGAGAACCAAAGGCGUGCUAGUGCCAGCAGGCAGGAAACACCAGCUGAGCUGCCUGGAUGACCUUAACAUACCUGCACCUGACCACUUUGGCUCCCAGCCACCGCUGGACUACGGCUUCUGUUUCAACAACCAUGAGUCUGCUGAGAGUUCACCCAGGCUUCCCAAAAAACAUCAUCCUCAGACAGGAUCCAUUAGUGCUUCAGGUACGUUAAGAUAAAGAUCCCAAC